AUGGCCGUGAUCACGAUGGAUAAUGACAAAUCCCUCAACAAGGUGCGUCCUGACCAUACCCGCUGGGCCUGUAACCAACCAGUCAAGAAUCCCAGCCUUCUUGACAAAGCGCGUGGCAAGAAAUGUCAGCGAAUCAACAACAUGCAUGUUGAUAUCUGUAGUACCUGUUGCCGCAAGCGCGAUGCCGGAGCUAUUGCUCUGAAUCGAGACUUCGAGAAGCUUGGUGAGCUUGUUACUCACACUGUUGAAGGUAAGGAGAUUUGGCGCUAUGAGGUUGAGUAUCCUGGUCCUGAGAAGAAUCAUUAUUGGACUCUUGAUGAGUGGUAA